AUGAGUUACGACCACUUCUUUAAUGGCCAACACGGAGGACAGAACCCGGGGAACAAUGACCCUCACCCUUACCUAACUCACAGCAACCUUGCAAAUGAUCAAAUCCAGAAUUUCCCCCUCGCUAGCAAUCAUCCUGAGGCUUUGUCUAACGCCUAUCAAGAUCCUGUUUUCGGUGGCCCACAGCCAACGGGAGAUAAUCCGCAGUUCAGUUCCCAAGACUACACAACUCAAAACAGUUUCUUAGAUGGUAUAAAUCGAGUACAUCCUACAGGUCAUGAGCAAUUUCAUGUUCCAGUCCGAGUUCCAGUGCCUGAAUUCAUACAGAAUCAUUUUCGAGCGCAUAAAUCCCAGACACCACAAGGCCUAUCAACUAGUGAAUCUUUGUGCAGGGGUCAAACCCAUACAGAGAACCAAAGACCUGGUGUAUCUUCGGGCAACCCUAGAGCUAGUCUACCACUACACCCUGGUCAACUGAUAGAUAGUAGGGGGGUAGCUAUGACAGAAAUAGAUGCUCAGCUGAGGCACAAGGAAUUCCUCAUGUAUCAGGACGUACCUCCCCCAAAUUUCAGUCAGUUUAAGACUGGUGGAAGUUCUAUACCCAACUCAGGGACCCAAAACCAUAUUUUACACAACAGAACUGGGGUGGGUGCCAAUGAGGCACACCUAAGGCGGGUUGUAGGGCAGCAAUGGGGACCAGAAAAUCAACAAUUGUUUCCCCAGCAACACCAGCAAUAUCAGCAAUAUCAGCAACAUCUGCAAGACCACCAGGACCAGCAAGACCGACAAUACCAGCAACACUUGCAACACCUGCAACACCUGCAACACCAAAAUCAAGAGAAGCAGCAUCAAGAAAAGCAGCGUCUAGAAAAACAACGUCAAGAAAGGCAUCGGGAAAUACAGGAGGAGAAGCGUCAGCAAGACCAAGAGCGAGAAAUGAAACAAAGUGUCCAUGCAAAACCCUUUCAUCCACAAUCGAAAAGACAGGAGGCUUUUCAUUUUGACUUGCCAGUCAACAAUACUAAUUCCUCUUUAAUGCCUAUGAACCUCUGCCUAGAGCCGCAUCCACCUCGUUGGAGUUCUGAAGACGUGACUACUGGAUCCUCUUCUACUGAAUUACCUGCCACUUUCAAAGGGGGGCCGACCGAAGAAACUUCAGAUGAUGAAGAAGUUUUGGACGAAGAAUAUUUAGAGGACGAAGAGGAAGGAAUAGCCCGCCGUAGUAUGACGCCUGCUUUAUCCUUCGCCCUUCUUGGUCUCAUCUCCCGGACACCGUCCCACCCAGCCUAUGUUGCGCACUGUCCACAUUUACUUGAGGGACGCUGUAAGGCUGCAUCGAAGCAUAACAGAUGUUGCCGUGACAAACUGCAUUUCAAGCGCAUAAUUCAUGCUCAGACAGAUCCGUUGUUUCCAGAGAGUGUUAUGAAACGUAUUCAAGAGCUGAAUAAGGAAGAGUUAAUGACUCUUGGAAACCCGCUUAUGGAUGAACUCCAGGGAAAAGCGGGUGAAAUGGAGAACUUGGGUAGUAUCAAGAAUGAAGACGAAGGGGCCUGGAGUAUUGGAGAAAAGGAUAUUCUGGAUAAUACAAACUCAGCGAAAAAGGGUGUCAGUUUUCCACCGAGCGCAAGUGCUCCUCCCCAAUGGAUUAGGUGCGAUAUCACUAAAUUCGAUUUGGGGAUCCUGGGAAAAUUCAGGGCUAUCAUGGCAGAUCCACCGUGGGACAUUCGAAUGACUCUCCCGUAUGGUACCGUUCCCGAUCAAGCUAUCAUCGAUCUUCCAUUGGGAAGCCUCCAGGACGAAGGCCUUUUUUUUCUAUGGUGUACUGCAAGGACCAUUGACGCCGGCCAUGCCUGUCUACGUGCAUGGGGAUAUCGGUUCUGUGAUGAAAUUGCCUGGGUCAAAGUUGACCAUCUCAACCGUCUGAUCUCUGUUGGUAGGACAGGACACUGGCUUAACCACACGAUGGAGCAUUGUCUGGUCGGAAUCAAAGGGAACCCAACAUGGAUCAAUAAAGGUAUCGAUAUGGAUGUUAUUGUUGCACAACCUAGGGCAACCAGUCACAAACCAGAUGAGAUUUAUGAUGUUAUUGGUCGUCUCGUGGGUCUAGAAGCUAGAAAACUUGAACUUUUCGGAAGAGAACACAAUAUACGCAAAGGGUGGUUGACUCUGGGGAAUCAGCUUCCACAUAGUCAUAUUCACGAAAAGGCACUUAAAGGGGCAUACAUGAAUUAUUUAUCUAGAGCUGGGUAUCCCUAUACCUACAAUGCUGCCUGGAAUCCUUGGGCGAAUGGCUUUGAUCGAUAUGGAUAUGGUGUAAUGAAUGACUGGCGCGAAGAACGAAAGAUAGGCGUCCUCAAAAGUAGAGCGCAAGUUUCGAACAUGAGAGGAAGAGGUGGUAGAGGAAACAACAAUGCCUCACUAUCCCAGCCGAGGCCCGGGUUUAGGAAGGAUUUCCAAGGUCUUGAGCGUGGGCAGCAGGGUGAAACCGGCAACGUCAACAGUCAUAACCAGCAAUCACAACAACUCAACAGACAGAAAUAUCAUCAGAAACAACCGCAGCAAAAAUAUCAGCGGGGUGGCAGCUACCGGGGCGGGUAUCAGCAGAAGAACCAGCAAGGCCGCGAGCAUUAUCAAUCAAAUACUCGGAUGAACAGCCAGAAAACAUCUUUUCAGGGAAAUCAAAAGGGAAAAAAUGGAGAGGUCGAGGAGAAGAGCGGCAAUCAAUCCGCUUACUUUGAAACUAACGACAGAGAUAAGGAUUACGAAGAGUUGGGGGAGCAGUUCACUGGCCUGGAUUUUAUCUGA